AUGCAACGCAUCUCCUACCGCUCGACGGUGCUGGCCUCGGAGACCUCAACCCGGGAUAUGCACAAAGCGUUCGAGGCGUCUCCACGGCCCAAAUUCGCAUCAUCCUCUGAUCGACGACAAUACCCCGAGCACCAUCCUCCUCCACCUCCGCCAUCGCCAGUUCACUGGACUCGCGAGAAACAAAGCCGCUAA